AUGCACUGCACGUCGCUUGCUCUCGCGCUCCUCGCGCUCGUGCUACCGCCGCCGCUGCACGCUCGCGACCGCGUCCUGCUCGUGCAUCUGCACCCCCAGCUCACUCCUCGAUCCUUCGCUCAGUCGCCAUUGCUCUCGCGCUCUCGUCAGCGCCACAAUGUGCACCAGACGUCCUCCCACCUCGUCCACGACGUGCAGCUUUGUGUUGGCCGCUUCCUGCGCGCCCAGAGCGCGACGGACGUUCACGUGCUAUCUCUAUGGAUACAGAACACGCUCAUUGUGCGCUACAAUGAGGACAAUCGAGCGCUCGGUCGGCUCUUGACGCGAGAUCUUUGGACGUUUCCAGGAGUCGUAGAGGUGGAGGAAGACGCGCGUGUUUUGACGCUCUUGGAGGCACAGCAGGAGGAGGAGGAGCAGGAGGUGUACGAUGAUACGAAGGAUAAUGUUCAGGUGCAGACGAACGUGCGGCUACUGCACGCUCCCGAGCUCUGGGCUCAAGGAGGAAGAGGGAACGGCAUUGUCGUGGCAAGUAUUGACUCGGGCGUGCGCUACACCCACGACGCUCUGAGAGAUAGUUUUCGAGGAACGCAAGCGGACGGGAAAGUCGAGUUGGACUACUCGUUCUGGUUUACGCCAGGCACGGACGUGGCAAAGGAGACGCCUGAUACGGCGGAUGAGGUGGGUCAUGGAACGCACACUAUGGGAACAGCGGUUGGAGGAAAAGGGGUUGGAGUCGCUCCUGGAGCGACGUGGAUCACUGCACGGGCGUUUGAUAUCUGGGGCGCAGCGAACAAGAGCGACUUUUUGCUAGCUGCGCAGUGGGUUGUGUGUCCAACUCGGACGGAUGGAACGGGCACAAACUGUUCGCUUGGAGCUGAUGUGGUAACGAACUCGUUUGGCGUUGAUCGAUCCACGCCUUUGUACCCACAGUGGACGUGGCUGAGUAAAGUGAUUGACGCAUGGCGAGCGGCCGGAGUUUACCCGGUCUUUGCCAGUGGGAACACCAAUGGGUUCCUGUGCGGAAGCGUGUAUUAUCCCGGCAGCCAUGAAGACACGAUCGCAGUUGGAGCGUUGAUUGGAGGAAGUUCACUCUGGGGCGCAAGUGGAAAGGGCCCAAGCCUGGACGGCAAACAAGGUUUUGACGAUAUAGUGCCCCGCACGAGCAGCGACUACGUCAUCAAGCCCGACUUUGUCGCUCCUGGGGUAGGCAUUCGGUCGGCUAUGAGUGUCGGGGAUAACGCCUAUACUCGACUCACCGGGACGUCAAUGUCAACACCACACGUAGCUGGUGCCCUCGCACUGUUGCUUGGUCUCAAUCAUACGAAGCCGAUAGCCUACGAGAAAAUCUUGCAGAGUUUGACGCAGACGACCACGCGCACACUACACAAGCCGUUUCUCGUGCCUAGUGAAUGUGGCAACACGACGUACCACGAAUACCCCAACAACAUCUACGGAUGGGGACUGGCGAAUGUGUGCUUAGCGGCAAACACUCUCGGGUUCCCAUGUGGCGACUCGAUUGUCGUCGAGAAAAGCUCGACUGGAGAGAAGCAGCUCGUCGCAUAUGCUGAUGUUGUGGCGAUCGAGUAA